CUCGACGUUGGUGGGUGUGACCCCAAUUGGAGCCCAGUAAAACUGACGGAUGCCCAACACUAACCGGCACCGGUGAGGGCCAGGUGGACUCGGGCGCAAAUUCAAAUUGUCGAAAUCAGGGCAAAACGCAAUCCAACCUACAUGUACCUAGGCAACGCGAACUCGAUUCGAGCCCUUCAGUGCGCCGGCCCAUAUCAACAAAAUCCCGUAGCUCGGCUUUCUCGUCGGUUUCGUUGGAAUCUCCUCUCUUUGCAUUGUGCCAUUGGUUCAGGGAGAUGGGGCGAGAGGUUUUGAUUGGGCUGAUCGGUGUGACCGGGUCCGGGAAAACAACAUUUGCGUCGAUCGCGUCUGGCCAAUCAGAUUUGAAAAUUGGACGCACACUCAGAUCCUGCACCCAAGAGCCUCAGGUGGUCAGAUUCGAGGUGGAUGGGCACUCUAUUGUCUUGGUUGACACCCCGGGAUUCGAUGAUGACGAGAGGUCCGACGUCGAGAUUUUCCAAAUCAUCGCGAAAUGGCUUUGGCUAUACAAUUCCGGAGAACGCCGCCUCUUGCUCGACGGCCUCAUUCUUUUCCACCCCAUUACAGCCAACCGAAUCGGCGGCACCGAGCGGGAACGAACACGUCUCCUCCAGACGAUCCUAGGCGAGAAUGCCUACAAGAGGGUGAUAAUCGGCACGACCAUGUGGGACGAUCUCAGAAACGACGACGACAGGUUCACCCACGGGAUAGAUGGUCGAUUGGAAGAGGGAGAAGUAUGGAGCGAGAUGAACGCCAAGGGCGCCACCAUCCUUCGUCACAACAACAACAAAGAUUCGGCACACGGCAUUAUACGGCAAAUUAUCCAGAAGUCCGAGGUUGAGGGCGGCGGGGUUCAGCUGCAGUUGCGGCAGGAGCUGAUCGACGUCAAGGGAAACGUCUCCAAGACCAGGGUCGGGAGGGAAGUGAAGCGACAUAUCAAGGACAAGCUCCAGGUGCUCAACGACAAUCUCAGGGAAUUAGACUCCAGCAACCCUCAAGCGCAGGUCAGCGACACCAACCUGCAAUCAUAGGAGUGGGAGGAAAAUAGAAAGGAGGUCGUGCAGAAAAUUGAGGAUAGGUAGCGAGAAGGAGUUGCGGAAGUUGCGCGAAUUACUGGUGAGUGCCACUCUCCUGCUACAGCUUCCCCUAGCGCGCAGAGACAAUACGGGUGUCUAGAAAGGCACCGACGCACCAUCCUCCUAUAAGUGGAUCGA